CGGGGGUGAAACACCCUCGACCUAUUCUUAAACUUUAAAUAGGUAAGAUUUCGGGGUUGCUUAAGCGAACCCCGAGGAUCAAUGAAAGCUCCAAGUGGGCCAUUUUUGGUAAGCAGAAAUCCCGAUUCUGGAUGAACAGAAAGUCGAGCUACGGUGCCAAACUGCGCGCUAACCCAGACACCACAAAGGGUGUUGAUUGAUACAGGCAGCAGGACGGUGGUCAUGGAAGUCGAAAUCCGCUAAGGAGUGUGUAACAACUCACCUGCCGAAUCAAUCAGCCCCGAAAAUGGAUGGCGCUGAAGCGCGCGACCUAUGCUCGGCCGUCGCGGCGAUUCCGACGCCGCGACGAGUAGGAGGGUGCGGGCCUGCUGCGAAGCCUGGAGCGUGAGCCUAGGUGAAGCGGGUCUCGGUGCAGAUCUUGGUGGUAGKAGCAAAUAUUCAAAUGAGAACUUUGAAGACCGAAGUGGAGAAGGGUUCCAUGUGAACAACGCUGGGACAUGGGUCAGUCGGCCCUARGAGAUGUGGAAACCUUGUAUCAAGGGCACACUGCGCGCCGCACAUCGAAAGGGGGUCGGGUUAAUAUUCCCGAACYGGGUUGUGGAGGUGGACGGUAACGUAAGCAGCUCCGGAGAUGCCGGCGUGGGCCGUGGGGAGGGUUCUCUUUCCUUCUUGACGGCUCGCCCACCCUGGAAUCGGAUCAACCGGAGAUAGGGUGCAGCGCCCGGCAAAGCACCGCGCGUCCUGUGGUGUCAAGCGCGCCCCCGACGACCCUUGAAAAUCUGGAGCUGCGGGUACCUCUCACCCCCGGCUGUAUUCAUAACCGCAUCAGGUAUCCUAGGUGAGCAGCCUCUGGUCAAAGGAAGAAUGUAGGUAAGGGAAGUCGGCAUUAUGGAUCCGUAUUCUUGGGAAAAGGAUUGGCUCUAGGGGCUGGGCCUAGGGGUCUGCGCCUCGAUGUCGUUGGCUGCCGGUGGUCUGCCCGAGCUGCUCUCGCGGCGAGGGCGGAGCCCGCGUGCCAGUGUGCCGACGGGCGUAGAAUGUCUUAUGUCCCCACCUUUCGGGUGGGGCCGUGGGACUCUCCCUAAGCAUCAAACUGCCGACUCAGAACUGGUGCGGACAAGGGGAAUCCAACUGUUUAAUUAAAACAAAGCAUUGC